UGUCUUGUUUCUUACAUCAGUCGGGAAGUGUGCAACCUUUACGUGACCAAGAGGAAAUGUUAAAGAGCCGUAAUGUUUUUAAUAAUAGUUGGAUUUCAUAAGCCAUACGAUAGGCGUUCGUGAUCUAUGAAGAAAUCGCAGGUCAGUGCUGUUAAUUAUUAGCUAAUACUCAGAGUGAACAUGGCUGCGCCCACAGGACCAAGGGGAUCCACAGCCUCCAGCCCACCAGGGUUUGAAGGGUUCCCGUUUCCAGUAACCGCCAAGCCGUCCGAAGACAGCUCCGGUAAAGAGCAGGAGUCCAGCGGGGAGGUGAAAAAGAAACCGUGCAGGGCGUGUACGGACUUCAAGUCUUGGAUGAAACUCCAGAAGAAACAGACAACUGCAGCAGCACAGGAGACUAAACCUGCAGAAUCUGAGCCGCAACCAGACCCACAAUGUCCACUGGACAGAGAAGAGCUGGGUCGAAGCACCUGGUCCUUUCUACACACCAUGGCUGCGUAUUAUCCUGACCAUCCAUCUGCCACGCAGCAGCAAGAGAUGGGCCAGUUCAUUAACCUGUUCUCCAAGUUUUUCCCUUGUGAUGAAUGUGCAGAGGACCUCAGGGACAGAUUAAAAACCAAUCAGCCGGACACUAGGAGUCGUCAUGCUCUUUCUCAGUGGUUCUGUCGACUUCACAACGACAUCAACGUCCGACUCGGGAAAUCAGAGUUUGACUGCUCACGUGUGGACGAGAGGUGGAAGGAUGGUUGGAAAGAUGGUUCGUGUGACUGAGAGGUUUAAGGACUCAGCUGAGACCUGAGAGUCAAGAACUUCCUUCUCUGUUUAGGGGAAACUAAAUAUCCAGAGGAAUGAAUGAUGUGUUUCAUGUGGCUUUUUUGUGUGGUUAGUAAUAUAUUUGAUCUGGAAAUAAAAUGAAGGGUCAAAUAAGGAUUUCUCUCUGUUCCUCUAGCUAAGAUCAAAACUUGGAGUAAAGUUUCACUGACUGAUAAUUGUUUCCAUUUGAAUUUUAAUUCAGCUUUUAUCUUUUAAUUCCUUGCCUAACCAGUCCAGCAUAAAAUAUGUUGUCUUAUAUUUUUUUAACAAUAUUUAUUGAUCUAAUGAAGUCAGUGACUGAUCAGAAUUAACACUUAAAUACUUUUUCAAUACAGUUUGUCAAAGAAAUAUAUAUUUUACAGAAUUAUUUGUGUUGUGAGUUGGAAUAGCUGGUCUUUCGUGAAAUGAACUGUCAGUAUAAUUAUGCAAUAGAUGAUGAGUUGGUAAUUAAAACACUUUGAAAGAACAAUUUGAAGACGUUCCAGUAUCAGUCAGGGGCCUUUCAGUCUGUAGCACAAAUACUGACCGUCCCACCAACAUGAAGUGUGGUUCCUCAUGUAAUGAACAUUAAGAUGACCUCUAGUGGUAGCUAUGUAUUCAUAUGUAUUUAUAGGUUGCAGCAGUUUGCCCUUUUCACAGCACAUUUUGAUGUUCACAACAGUGUGGUUUAGGUUUAUAUUAUGACUGAAAUAUUAUCCACUCAGCAGCAGCAGCAGAUAUUGUGAAUGUCUCAGCACAUUUGUAAAGGCUACUAUUUGUUUGUGCUUUGUCAGUGGAAUUACAGAUUUGUCUCAGUUUACUGUGUAUAAUUAGUAUACGGGUGGAUUUGGACCACAGUGUGAUAAUAAUCUUGAGUGCUGAUGUUCAUGAUGAUGAGUUUGUGUUUCCUUGUCUUUCUGUUCUUGAGGACAGCGUACCACUAGUUUUUAUUGCUGGUGAUAAUAUAAAAUUUGGCACAACUGCA